CGCUCACGGUCGCUGUUUUCGUCCAGUCUUGCGCGACAACGAGCAGUUUUCCAAGCUAAGGGGAAAUACGGUCCUUCGCCAGUUUCGCCGUAUAAAAGAGAUCGCGAGACGAGUAUCGUAUACAGAAUGGAGGGAGACGAUGGCCCUUCAGCCAUCGGUAAUAAACCCAAUAUUAUUAAAGCAGCACAAGAAGAAAUGGGACGAUUAGAUGUACUGGUAUGUGGACAGUGUCAUUCUGUCUUUCAUUUUAUCGAAGAGUUUCAAGAACAUCGUACAAAGGAGAGAGCCUGUUCUAAAGCAUCACAUAUUCGUGAAACUAACGACAAUGGGCAAAAAGCACAAGUAUGGGCAUUUCUACUAUGGAAAGAUACACAAAUUCAACAAGACAGUUCAGACAAGGAUACAUCUAGUGCUUGGGAAUUGUAUCAGAAAUGGUGUAAGAUGGAUACGCAUGUGAGAGAGGCAUGGGUUACAGCAGGAAAAACUAUACAAACCUUUACAAAAAUUAGUAACGCAAAAAUGCAGGAUACCCCAAUACAAAUUCAAUCAAAUACCAAUAUCGAAGGUGCCAAACCACUGAUAGUUCGUAAAGUUGUCAGAAAUGGACAACCGGAAGAAACAGGUGAAGCUAAAAAGGAUUCUGCGAAAUUACUGGAAACAAAAACACAAAAAAAUGAAUCUAUGGAAAUUGAAGUAGACAAAAAAGAAAAACCAAGGCUGAAACCAUCGAUUAAGCCUAAAAUUAAGUCUGGCAAAGCAAUUGCUGAAGAAGAUACAGACCUGAAUAACGAAGAAUACAUUGUCGAUAAAAUAUUAGCCAAACGCUUUAAUCCAAAAAAGAGAUGCUCGGAAUACUUAAUCAAGUGGGAAGGCUAUUCACAUGAAAACAAUACAUGGGAAUCUGCAGAGGCUGUAGCAACGUGCAAAAGUUUGUUGGAUGAAUUUGAGCGAAAUCUCGCCAAGCAAAAAGAGCUUAAAGCACAACAGCAGGCUAAUACAAAGAUCGUUGGACGUGUGAGUUUGCAGACGCAAAAAUCGGUGAUGAAAGCUGAGACUAGUCAGCCUGGACCAAGUACAGCGGUUCAAGCAGGACGCCCGAUGCGGUCUAGUAAAUCAAAAGCGAUGGAUCAAGUCAAGCAAUGGUGUGGUUCGAUGAAAGACGAAGAAAACGAACUGUUAGGUAAAAGGAGGAUCGAUGAUUCGGAAAGCGAUUCAGAAGAAGGAGGAAGUAGUGCAGCAAAGAGAACGAAAGGUGACACGGGAAGUGAUGACGAAUGGACUGGAGAAUCCGAAGACGAAAGAAUGGUGGGCCGUAGCGACGUAAUUCAACGUGCGUUCAAUCGCGCUAAUGCGCAAUCGAAUGGAUCCAACAGAACUUCGGUUUCGUCUACCGAUCUGGCAACGUCAUUAGGUUUGCAGUCUCCAGAGGGAGCAAAAUCUAGCCAACAGCCUGUUUUAGUGGCUAGCGCCAAGGGAGUUGUUAAAGUCGAUCCCAAACAAAUGCCGAAUUUGGCUUCCGGUCUCUAUGUCAUGUCGCGAAAAGAUGGUAUCAUUAAAUUGAAUUCGUCCCCCAGUGGAAAACUAGCGGUCAAAGGAUCUCCGACAACGCAAAGUGUCGUAAUGGUUCAAAAUCGAGAUAAUACAAACGUAAUAAAAAAACAAAUAAUCUCGACGUCUCAGUCUAAUUCGAUGACCCCUGUGAAAGUCGUUUCGAAAAUGGACGGAAGCCAAAUGGUAACUCAGAUGAAGGUGGUCAAGAGCGUUACACCGAAAAUGGGCAGCGUACAGAAGAGUGAGCCUGUAAAGAUACAGCCAAAACCGGAUCCGUCGCAAUUGCAACAGAUACAUGUUGUGACUGCAGUGCCGACACCAAUAACUUUACAACCGAGAAUAACUACAGGUAUAAGAUCUGCUCCUGUCACGCCUCAGCGAACGACAGACGGUCGUCCUUUACUACCUAGACCGACAUUGCGUCCGACAGCAGCAACAAGCGUUCUUGGUACAAUUCGUACGCCCGUCAGAGCACCUGCACCGAGGAUUCAGGCGCAAGCGACGCGUCCGGUGUUGCAAAAGCGUACGACGACAGUUGUAAGUACGCAACAGACCGUUUCACCGGUUGUCACAAUGACUGGUACGGUCACGCAAAUUAGACCAAAAUUCACGGUACUCACAACGUCUCCGCAGUCCAAACAGAUAAUCAAAACUGGCACCAAUUCAGUACAACAAUCAUCAUCACCACGACAAUCAUCAUCACCACCACAAAUAAAGCAAUCUUUGAAGACACCAGUAGGUAAGGCACAAUCAUUGUUAUCUCCGCAACAAAAGUUAUUGAUGGUAAAGAGAAAAGCUCAAGAAGCAGCAGGCAUAAAACCGGGUGGUCGUGGACUUUUGGCAGGUGCUCGUGCCGUUGCGGGCCGAGGCAGAGCAAAAGUAGGUACUUCCGAGACGCCUUCACCAAUAGGUCAGACAAGUUCCAAACCCGCGAAGGAAAGCAAAUUAGCGGAAGGUGAUGGACUUCACAUGGAAUUUCACGAAGUCGGCUCGGAAGAGAGUAGCAGCGAAGAUGAAUCAGAUCUUCCACCUGCUCCUGAGCCGGAUGUUGUUACGGCUCCAGAACCUGACAGUCCACCGCGUCCAUUCACAUUAUGUCCCCUCACGGGACGCAUAAUCGGUCCAGAUGGUGAACCGAUUGAACAACAGGGUCCAGAACCUGAACCUGGUGAAGCAACAGCAAAUUCGACUGUAACAAAAACUAACACGUCCGAAACUGUGACAGCAGGUCUAGCUACGGCUACGACUGUCGCAGCUGCGACCGAUGCCAGUACUACCACCGUUACCACUACUACAACCACAACCGCUUCUACCAAUAAUGCUACCGCCGAAUUGGUCUUACCUUCUCUUGACUCACUCACCGAAAGCGGUGGUAUUAUGAGAGUAGAGAUGAGUCCAGGUGGAACGACCGGCACCAUUGUUCAAGACAGUGAAACAGCACAGAUUAAUUUAUCGAAUGUAACGAUAUCUGCGCCAGAUUUACCUUGCUUGGACGAUACCGCUUCUACGACAGCAGUAACCACCGUUUCACAAUCUGUAUCCACAGUAACGUCUUCGACAGAAACCGUUGUUUCUAGUUCUGCUGAAACAUCCAUUACUACGGUAUUGUCGACAGUUCCGACAACAUCUACCGUUACUAUGUCGGUAACAACGGCAGAUGUCAAGACUGGGGAAAAGGUACCGGAAGAGAAGAAAAUGACGGACGAUGCAUCCAAUUUGGUUACUAUAGCUGAACAUGGCGUCGUCUAUCAAGUCGCGAGUCAAGCUGAAGAUGGACAAACUCUCCUCGUGACGCAUGGCGCCGAUGGCGAGCAGCAGUGUGUAUAUGUCACCACCGAGCAACAAGGAGAUGAAGGAUCAGUCUUAACAUUGGAUCAUGCGGUAGCUGAAGCUGUAGCACAGUUGAUCCCUGAUCAGGUAAAUCUCACGCCGCAGUUUUACGUAAAGGAAGAUGGAACAGAACCGACUGAAAAUUCAAUGGUUAUGUCUAUAAUGGAUAACACAAAUGCGUCCGAUGUAAGUGGAACCCAAGAAGAUAAUGAUGGACAUAACGAUGGACAGUCUGUUAUAGCUCAAGUAGUGCAAGCUGAAGAACCCACUCCAGGAGGAACCAGGAGAGUAGUGUUGUUGUUGCCGGACGGAAAUUUAAUGAUGACCGAAGUGGAUGAGGAGCAGUAUGCUGCUUUGGAACUUGAUAAGUGAAAACAAACAUCAUUUUGCGCAUAUGCUAAUAAAAUCCCAUGCCAAUGCAUCGAAUUGCACGUUACGUGCAUAUUGUACGUUUAAAACGUGAUCGUGAAUUGUAUAUAUGUAAAAACGUUCAACGUUCGUACAAUUGCACGUUAAUGACGUCUUAAUAUUCAAUGACUAGGCUAAAUGUUGUAAGACGGAGAACUAGCUGGUAUACUGUAAAAAAAUCAGCACACACCAAGAAAAAGUUAAAUUUUUAGAUUAAAC